CAGGAGAUUGGGCGGGACCUGGGGGCGGUGCUGGAGGCGCUCGCGUCCAAGGCCGACGCGGCGGGCGUGGAGCGGGCGCUGGGGCAGCUGCGGCGCGAGGCGGACGAGCGGGCGGCGGUCGCAGAGGCGGAGCUGCGCGGCCUGGCCGGCGCGGUGGGCGGCAAGCUGGACGUGGCCACGUUUUUGGCCGCGAGCGCGGCGCGGGCGCGGGCGCUGGAGGCGCGGAGCGCGGCGCUGGCGGCGGGGGCGGCGGGACUCGGGGGCCCGUCGUCGUCGGGCGACAUGGACGACUGA